AUGUCGAGCAUCACACUUCAAACGUACGCUGCGCGUGCAGCCAAGCAGCCCAACCCGGCCGCCAAAGCUCUGCUCGAAUGCAUCGAGCGCAAGCAGACCAACCUGUGCGUCUCGGUCGACGUGACCAACAAGCAGGACCUGCUCGAUGUGUGCGAUGCCGUCGGUCCGAACGUGUGCCUUGUCAAGACGCACAUCGACAUUGUAGAAGAUUUCGACAUGGACCUGGUGCAUCAGCUGACGCAGCUCAGUGAGAAGCAUGACUUUUUGAUCUUUGAAGAUCGAAAGUUCGCUGAUAUUGGCAACACGGCAAGCCUGCAAUACUCUGCCGGCGUCCACAAGAUCGCCUCGUGGUCGCACAUCACCAACGCACACCUUGUGCCCGGUCCCAGCGUCAUCACCGGUCUCGCCAAAGUCGGCCAACCUCUUGGCCGCGGUCUCCUGCUCCUGGCCGAAAUGAGCUCCGCCGGCGCUUUGACCAAAGGCUCCUACACCCAGGCCUGCGUCGACCAAGCCAAGUCGGACUCCACCGGCUUCGUGUGCGGCUUCAUCGCCAUGUCGCGCGUCGACGAGAAGGACGGUCCUAACACGGACCGCGACCUGCUCAUCCUCACCCCUGGUGUCGGUCUGGAUGUCAAAGGCGACGGACUGGGCCAGCAGUACAGGACCCCGGAUCAGGUGAUUCGCGAGAGCGGCUGCGACGUCAUUAUUGUUGGUAGGGGUAUCUACGGUGCCCUGAUGACUGAAGAGGGCAAGGCGGAUAAGAAGGCGGCUUUUGCCAAGGUGAGGGAUCAGGGCGAGAGGUACAAGAAGGCUGGGUGGGAGGCGUACCUGGCCAGGAUUGGGCAGCAGUAG